UGGCUUUACUCGGUGCCGUGUCCAGCGUGGGCCAAAAGCUGCUUUCUGGUAUCCAAGGACACAACUUCCAACGUUGAAAUUAAUACCCCAUUGAAUCCAAUACUUGCGCUGUCACUGUUUCCUACAGAACAACAACCUACGCUAUACGACCACAGUCACUAUCAAGACCCGACCAUUGUGGCUCUGUACAAAAUCGCUUUUUCCGCUUUG